UUCUUCAGGGAGCGGGCCAGGGCUCGAGAGGCGUAUCUUGCCUUCUACCGUGCCGCGGGAUAGCGACAACACCAUGGACGCCUGCAACUUUUCAUCAUCUGCGUCCUGCACAGUGCGCUUCGCCUCGCACUGCGCAUUCAUCCCCGCGCCGUGCAAGAAGUCCAAGGGCGCCUCGACGCCCUCGCGCUCGGACAGCCCUGCGCCGUCUGUAAGCGGCGCGUCCCCGCUGUCGCCUACCAAGACCAAGGCGCGCGUGACGACGAAGGCGGUCAGCAUUCCCCUUCACAAGUUGUCGCUCAAGCUCCCGCUCCCACUUGUUGAGUUUGGCCCUCUAUCGCCUCCCAAUAUACCCACAUCUAUGCAUGCAGGGUUUGGCUCCCCGCGCAGCGAGGUUCCCGCUCAGAGGAGCGGGUCGCCAGCACCACCCCCAGUCCCACCCAAGCCCGCGACGCCCACGAAGUCCUGCUUGCGCGCCCCCAGGCUCCAGCCCGUCAAGAAGCGCCCCACCACCCCGCGCCGCGCGAGCAUGCCCCUCCCCUUCGCCCCCAUGCAGCUCGUCCAGGAGGUCAAGCCCGUGCCUGGACGCGCCCUUGGCGAAAUCGAGGUAGUGCCUGUAGAGUGCACCCUAGCACCCCUAGCGCGGCGCCGCAAGCCUCGCCUUGCUGGGAUUCUCCGCCUCGCGCCGCGAGAGCUCGAGGAGAGCCCGGAGGAAGCGGAGCUCCGCGCUCUGCGCGCGCACGAGCUGAAGGGCUGCUGCGCGCAGUGCGCAUCCGCGUGCACGGCAUCCGCGCUGCAAGCCGAACAGUGGACGUUGGGCGCGCGGAGGGCGUGGGCGGCGUAUACGUUCGGCGAGCAUAUGGCACCUGCGGCGCCGACGCCGUCAGGGCAUCUUUUCUCGGUGGAUGAGGUGGACCUGUUGCGCAGACGGUCACAGGAGCCCAUCAUCCGCGAGGGCGAAGCAUCAGCAACAGCGAUUGUUGUGACAGACGAGGAAGGAGGGCAGACCGCGGCCGAGCCUCAUUCUCGUCAGGUGUCCGGGGAAUCCUCCCUGUCAUCCUCCUCCGGCUCUUUGUCCUCCCACUCAACCGACAGCCUCGCAAGCAUCGGAUCCGCCACCCUGACAUCCCCGCCGACCUCACCCCCAUGCUCGCCGCCCCAAUGCCUCUCGCCUCCGCUUUCGUUCUCGUCCUCCCCGCUGCCUUCCCCGCUCUCGUCUUCGUCCGCGAUCUCAUCGCCGGCCCUCUCGACCGACGGCUUCCCAUUAUCGGCAUCUCCCUGCGUCCCGCCCAAGGCACCAUAUCGCCCGUCCGUGGCAGACGACGAGGACGAGCUCUUCCCGCUCCCCGCGCGCAAGUGCUCGCCGAAACUGCCAUGCCCGCGCUCGCCCGUUAAGGCGCGCCGCGCGUCCGCGAUAUGCGCCAUGGACCGCGUCGUCGACAUGUCGACGUGGAAGGAUAAGGAGGGAGAGAGAUGCGUCAAGGAUGGCGAGAUAUCUCUGACGGGCGAGAAGAGCAAUGCAACGCAGGUUCAGCCCACGGACUCGAUUGCAGAGAACUGGGAGGAGGUGACGAUGCCCGGCGAGACGGCCCCCACCUCGGAGGUAGAGCAGAUCAUCGCACCGUCGCUGGCGCGCAAGACAGUCGAUCGCAGGCGCUCGGCUUCCCUGGCGCUCUCGCUGCCAACUGCCGCGAAGCCGAUGCAUAGGCGCUCCUCAUCGACCUCCGCGAGCCCGGUCGCUGCGACUUCGCCGAGCCCAGUCACUACGACGUCUCCUGUGGUUGGCGCGGCGAUUCCAUCUCCCGUGCAAGAGACCGCGCCCCUAGCCACCCCGCCGCCGACACCUACGUGCCCUCCGACGUCUCCUCGCCCGAAGGCCAAGCGGCGCGGAUCCAUCCUCUCCACCCGCUUGUGGAAAGGCGCUCUGACCAUGGGUGGCACUAUCUGAUUGUCUGCUAGUCACGCUUCAUCUCCUGCUGCUUACUAGCCUUUCGUUUGUUGCGGUAGCCCACUCGCCUGUUGCGCUAGACUCGAUUGUCUACCGCCCCGGCCGCCCUCGCUCCCCUUUGGUGUAAUCCCCUCCACCUCCCCUGGUGUAAUCCCCACCCCAUCACCAAGCUCAACUCCCCACCAAGAACGUCCUGUGCCACAAUUGUUCCAUCACCCUCGCCUACGAAGGCACCGCACCGCAAGCCCGUACCACCACCAGUUCUACCAACUAUCGUCUCUCGUUCCCCGAUCCUGUCUUUAUAUCCUGACCCCCAGUUACCCACCACGCACCGCGGGCGCCCAGCCGCGCUCGCGUCCCUCAUCUCCGUCGGGUGUUUAGGCGCCCUCGGAGUGGCGCGGCUCGCCUGAGGCGGGUUAUGUACC